GCUUCAAUUUUGUUUUCUUGUCAUCCAAAAUUCGAAGAAAAACUGGCAGAAUCGUUUGUGCAUUUCAGAAAGAUUACUUUUGGAUUCUGACGCUGUGUUUAGGUCAUUCAGUAGUUUCUCAGCCAUUAAAUUCACUUGUAGUUGAGAGAAGGGGAGAUUUUAGGGUUGCAAAUCAUGAGUAAAGCGAUGGAGAGUAUACAGCAUCUUAUUGAAGAAGCUAAGCUUCGAGCUGUGUGGUGGACUCUCUGCAUAUUCGCAGUGUCUUACUUCUUGACGCAUAGUAGUAAAUCAAUGCUAAUGAAUAUUCCCAUAGCCAUACUCUUGAUCUCUGGACUGAGAAUUCUGUUAAAUGAGGUGGAAUUCCAAUGGAAGGUUCGGAAUAACAGGACAGCUUCGUACUUAUCACACUUGGAAAACAAGCAGCUAUCAGUAAACGAUUCUCGGCUAACUACUCCGCCACCCCCCAAAAAGUGGAGAAAAAUAGAUUCGCCUCUUGUGGAAGCUGCUAUUGAAGAUUUCGUCAACAAACUUUUACAUGAUUUCGUCACGGAUUUUUGGUAUUCUGGAAUUACCCCUGACAGAGAGGCACCAGAACUAAUGCAUGCUAUAAUCAUGGAUUUUCUUGGAGAAGUAUCUGCUAGAAUCAAAGAAUCAAACCUUGUUGACCUGCUGACAAGGGAUGUAGUAAACCUGAUAGGCGAGCACCUUGAUCUCUUCAGAAGGAACCAGGACACUAUUGGUGCGGAUGUUAUGGUAACAUUGUCUUCUGAGGAAAGGGAUGAAAGAUUGAGACACCAUCUCCUGGCCUCUAAGGAGCUCCACCCUGCUUUGAUAUCACCAGAUAGUGAAUACAAGGUUCUUCAGCGGCUCAUGUCUGGAGUUUUGGCGGUUGUGCUGAGACCAAGGGAAGCUCAAUGCCCUCUAGUCCGCUGCAUUACUCGCGAACUCUUAACUUGUUUGGUGGUGCAACCCCUUAUGAAUUUCGCAAGUCCCUCGUAUAUUAAUGAGUUGAUUGAAUAUAUUGUCCUUGCAUACAACAACGAGGAGUCCAGGGAAUCCUCGAGUGAUAACCCUGAACACCAAGUUUCAAGUGAACUUGGUCAAAGCAAUGAAUCUAAUUUGAGAAAAAUACCAUCUUUGAACAAUCAAGAGACUAGUUUAUCGUUGGCUCGACUGGAUCAUGACAAGGUACCAUAUGAGACAGGUAGCUCAGGCGAUUCUUUAUCUAGCAUGACUGAGGGUGAACCAACUCAUAUUCGACAUGGUGAGUGGGCUAAACCAUUUGAAGAUGCAACUCAGAGAAGAACAGAUGUUCCUAUGCCUGAAACUCUUGAAAACGUGCUGACUAUUGGAAUUAACAACAAAAAUAAAAUCCAGAAAAAAGCUGCUCUAGGAGUUCAGGACUACUUAAGUGGACCAUAUGAGUUGGUGACUGAAGCACCAAGACAGAAUUACCACCCAGGGCCAAUGCAGGAAUCUUACUCCACUGGUUUGAAUAUUGAUGCUUCUGUGCAUGAAGUGGAUAACGCUGCUGUUAUUUCCCAUGAAAACGGAAAUGAGCUCAGUUCAGUCACCCCUGCCUUUACAGUUCAGUCAAACCUGGAAGACAUGUAUACAAGUGAAGGAAGCACACCUAUCAUUGAUGAGUUCUACAAUGCAGAUGGUAAAAAACUUAAUGUACAUAACCUGAUGAGCAAAAUGGACAUUGAAUUACGUUGUGAAGGACUGCAUGCUUCAAAGCUUAGAUGUCAGGUAAAUGGAGCGUACUUUCAGAAACUUGGUUCGAAAUCUUUUGCAGUUUACUUGAUCGCUGUUACAGAUGCUGACGGCACCACUUGGUUUGUGAAAAGGAGGUAUCGAAACUUUGUGAGAUUGCAUAGGCAUCUUAAGGAUAUUCCCAAUUAUACAUUACAUUUGCCUCCGAAAAGGAUGUUCUCUUCAAGUACAGAAGAUGUUGUUCACCAACGCUGCAUUCAGCUAGACAAGUAUCUUCAAGAUCUCUUAUCAAUUGCUAAUGUAGCAGAGCAACAUGAAGUGUGGGAUUUUCUUUGUGCUUCCUCUAAUAAUUACUCCUUUGAGGAAUCUUCAUCUGUGAUGAAGCCUCUGACAGUUAACAUGGAUGAUGCUGUGGAUGAUAUAUUAUGUCAAUCCAAAGGGGUUUCUGAUGGCCUUAGGUCGAAAGUUGCUGGCUCACCUUCAUCUUCAGUUGAGCAAGGUUUUUUUGUUACAAGCAAAAACUUGUCCCGGAAUGUGGACGAUAUAAAUAAAUUGGCCAUCAGCCGACAGUUUCUCAGACAACGACACAGGUGAUAAAGAUCUAACCUUUGGGAUCAGGAUGUAGAAGCUGCAAGCCAAUCUAGAGGGUGGAUUUCAGACCAUGAGUCAACCUCAAAGGGGUUACCACAGAAGGUUGUUAAACAUGAUACAGAUGACAUGAACUUCCACUCAGAUGAAAGACGAAGUUUGUGGUUGAAAUCCACAUCAAACUCUGACAGAUAUAUCGAGUCUAAUCUAGCCACAACAUACAUUCAUCAAGAUUCUCUUACUGGGGUGCCCCCAGAGUGGAUGUCACCAAAAUUAAGUGUUCCUGUUCUGGAUUUAGUUGAUAAUGUAUUUCAACUCAAACAAAGGGGCUGGCUGAGGAGACAGGUAUUGUGGAUAUCAAAACAAAUACUGCAGUUCGUCAUGGAAGAUGCCAUUGAUGACUGGCUCUUGAGGAAAAUCCGGAGGCUCUGUAGAGACGAUGUUGUUGCACAAGGGAUUCGAGCGGUCCAGGAUAUUCUCUGGCCUGAAGGCACAUUCUUCCGAAAAUUGGGUGCUCAAAGGAAUACUUUGAAAGAUACUCAAAAAUCUCCGCAAGCUACAAAACAACCAGGUGGUAUGAGCACUACACAAUCAAGGUCUUUUGAGCGACAGCUGGAAGCUGCUCGUAGAGCUAGCUAUGUGAAAAAGUUGUUAUUCGAUGGUGCUCCAACCACUUUAGUCAGUUUGAUUGGGCAAAAGCAGUACAGACAGUGCACUGGAGAUCUCUACUAUUUUCUUCAGUCCACAGUUUGUCUGAAGCAACUCAGUUAUGGAAUACUGGAACUUGUUCUGCUAUCAAUUUUCCCUGAGCUGCGGGAGCUUGUUUUGGAUAUCCACGAACAGUCACGAUAUCAACCAGUAUAGAAGAAAAUCUUGUUUAGUUCUAACUCACUAUCUGAAGAUGGACACUGACUUUGGAUCAGUUCCAAUUUUGUUGUACCAAAUGCAUAAAUAGGCUAUGUACAGUUGUCUAUUUUUGUUUAUAUUCUCUGUGAGGGAUGUUCGAAAAAGAGAAGGAAAAAGAUCAUAUUAUCCUCUGUACAAUUGUUUCUUCGACAUUCGAAGAGCUUUAGGUGUUUCAAAUAAAAAG